UCUCAGAAACCACGGGCUAUACCGCUGUCCGCCUCUGCAACACAUUUUAUAUGGAUUCUAUGUAGAAUAUUUUAAGAAGUCGAUCGUUUCUAUUGGACGUGGGGAAAAGACGCACUUUUCGGUUUGAGCCGCGUUUCUCCGGAUCACUUUCAGGCUACCUGGCCAACAACAAAAUGCAAGAGUUUCACCUGAACAACGAUACUUGCACUAAUGGGUCUGUGCUGAUGUUGCGGUGUGGCUCCCAGACUGCUGUAUGUUUAGUCACCGCAGAUCCAACUGUCAUCCUUACACACCUAAACAGCAGCUUACAAACAACAGAUCUGCGGACAUACAGUUCUUACAACAUGUGGCUGGGGUUGACCCUGGCUUUACUUUCCGCCUUCCUGAUUGGUGGUAGUGUCAUCCUCAAGAAGAAAGCUCUCCUUCGAUUGGCCAUCAAUGGACACACCAGAGCAGGUGAUGGUGGAUAUGGCUACCUUAAGGACUGGCUGUGGUGGGGAGGACUGUUAACUAUGGGCGCUGGGGAGGUGUGCAACUUUGCGGCCUACAUGUUUGCUCCGGCCACGCUGGUGACUCCGCUAGGAGCACUUAGUGUCCUCAUCAGUGCAGUUCUCUCAUCCCACCUGCUGGGGGAGCAGUUGAAUGUGGUGGGAAAGCUUGGUUGCCUUCUGUGCCUACUGGGCAGCGUUCUGUUGGUAAUUCAUGCUCCACAAGAACAGGAAGUAACAUCUCUACAGGAUAUGACCAAUAAGCUGCUGGAGCCAGGUUUCCUGGCCUACAUUGUGGCAGUGUUGGUUCUGUGUGCGGUCCUCGUGUUGUAUGUCUGUCCCCGGUAUGGUCCUUCUAACAUCCUGAUCUACAUAAGCAUCUGCUCAUUGCUGGGAGCCUUCACUGUGUCCUCUGUGAAGGGCCUGGCCAUCGCCAUCAACACCGUGGUUUAUGACAUAUCUGUGCUCACCAACCCUCUCACCUGGAUCCUGCUUCUCACCCUCAUUGUUUCCAUAGUAACACAGGUGAACUAUCUAAACAAGUCUCUGGAUACCUUCAACACCCUGCUGGUGUAUCCCAUCUAUUAUGUCCUCUUCACCUCUGUGGUCCUGUCCACCUCCAUCAUCCUCUUCCAGGAGUGGAGCAGCAUGUCUGCUGUGGAUGUUGUCACAACACUGGGUUCGUUCCUGGUCAUUGUGGUGGGUGUGGCCAUGCUGCACUUGUUCAGAGAGCUGCAGAUUACAAUGAAGGAGCUGUCCAAUCAGCUUUCUCAGCCAGUGGAGAGGGAGGGUCUUACAGAAGAGAUCACAGCCAGUGGAAGAGGAAGGAGGAAUAAAAAGGAGGAUAAAUAUGGAUUGAUUGACAAUGUAGUGAUAGAAAGUUUACCUCCUAUGAGAGAAGAGGGACCCAGAGUCUUCAUCAUCAGCUGAAAGAGAGAAAAUGUUUGUGUACUCAUUAUUACUGAUAGUUCAAGCACUUUUUCAAACUUUUGGACCUCUGGUUUGCUGGAUUUUCAGUUUAUUCUGUUGGUCCACCUAAUCUCACAUGGCAGUGUAAUGUAUGCUGCUGCCCUCUGAAGGUACUUACACCUCGGGGCUUAUUCCCAGUUCUUUAUACCUGGAGCGAUCACUCUUUGAAUAACUCUUAUAGAACAUGAGUCUUAGACAAGACUUUAACAAUAUUUAUUCUAGGUUUAGCAGAGAAAUGGUACAGUUAGAGCACUGUAGCUCAAGUUGUCCUAUGUGUCAAAAAAUGAUAAUGAGCCAAAAAAAAAAAAAAAAUCUGAUUCUUGGUAUACCUCAAUAUAAUGUGUCCACCAGGUGGAUUGUUAGCUGUUGUGUGUCAUCAUUUGACACUCCAAUCAUAGCACAAAACCUGCCAUAGUUCCCUGCUGCAUGUUUAACUUCAGGAUGCAAACAUGCUUCCUCUUUAUCAAGCCUGGCCCUUGAGAAAAGGAAUUAUAUUAUUUGUUAUAAAUGUAGGCUGUUAUAUCUAAUUAGUUGCUUUGUAUCUUCCCAUUCUCUUUCCCUAACCUUGUGACUUACAUCAUGAAGAUGAUAACUUGCAUCUCUGCUUCAACUAAUAUGACUGUUUAGGGAAUGUAAUCAAAACAUUUCAAUUUAUGCCUUAUAGUAUUAUACUAUGGGUAGGUAAAACUAUAAAAUUUACGCAGAAGUAUACACAUCUGUUAUACUUAAAAACGUAGGUAUUUUUAUUGUUUAAAAAAACAUUUUUAAGAAGGAGAAAGAUUAAUCCUAAUGACUGUAUUCAGAGGUACAGUCCAAGUUGCCCUUUUUAAUUUGAAACACUUAUCUUUUAAAUAGGCUUUAAAAAAGACUUACUGUAUCUUUUUUCUCUUCUUCCUAUGACUUUAUAUAUUAAACAUAACACCGCUGCCACAACCUACUUUGGUGAUUUAGAGAUCAAUUAAGGGAGGAGAUCUAUUUCCUCAUUCUUCUGCAUAUUACUUUGCUGCUUUUUAACAAACCACUAAGAUGUUUAGAAGACAUCUUAGAACCAACUUGGAAGUGUUUUUCUUAAAGGGACGGAAACCAGGUUGUAUCAGCUAAGGCCGCCGUCAUGGACAGAUCCAUGUAGUGUUUUAAGGAUUCAAAAUAACCAUUUAUUGUUAAAGUAAAUGACUAUUAU